UCCAAACAAGAUGAACCACAUUCUUGCUCCUUACCUUCAGUCAGUCUUAACAGAGUCUUCUCAUUAAGUCUACUAAAACUCACUUGACUGACACAGGUAUUUAGACCAUUCAGCACUUUUUUAGAGCUAAUUGUUGCUUUUUUCAACCUCAAGUAUGAAGAGCGUUUGGACAGCAGGGAUUGUGCUGAGUGCCAUCAUCGCCGCAGCACAAUGCCUGACCUGCCGUCAGUGCCCUGUUGGUAUUUUUGGGACAUGUCUGUUUGGAAGCGACACUGUAUGCAAUAAUGGGACUGAGGGCUGCUUUCGUGGGGAAGCACAGUUCAAUGCCACAGGACCUUUGACCCUACACAUCCGCGGCUGUGUGGACUUGGAUCUGUGUGGGAAGACGGUGUCCGGCAGCAUCCUGGGAGCAGCAUACACCAGCAGCUUCAAGUGUUGCACAACUAACCUGUGUAACGGAGCUGCGUCCGUCCAGCUGUCUGUGACUGCAGCCCUCUGUGCCGCCGUGCUGUCCUCUCUGUGGGGCUUGUGGUAGUUGUAGUUUUACAUGACCUGUUUCUUCUUAUUAUCUUAUUAUUAACAUUAAUGUGUCCACUCCUUUGUACUAUAUAUUCAAAGAUAAUUUUCAAACCCAUGAAGCUUCAUUAAAAAGCAUCAUCAUGCCAUUUUUUUUUUACUGGUGUCCUCAUAAUUAAAUAAAGAUUAUCUUUAUUGAAAAGCC